GUACGGGGGUGCUCCGUCUCUGCAUUUCUUCCAUAAGUAGUAGCCAAGUUGCUCGCCCCCGCCCGUAGUCCUUUGCGCAAAGAGGAAAAAGGGAGCUCCUCCCACCCCCCGACCGACGCCGCCCGCCGCAGAUCUAUUGCAACACCUCAGCGACUGUGGGGAGGGGAGGAGGGGAACAAGGGGGGGAGGGGAGGAUGGCGGGGAAGAGGGAGAGGAUUGCGAUACGGAGGAUCGAGAAUCUGGCGGCGAGGCAGGUCACCUUCUCCAAGCGCCGGCGGGGCCUCUUCAAGAAGGCCGAGGAGCUCUCCAUCCUCUGCGACGCCGAGGUCGGCCUCGCCGUCUUCUCCGCCACCGGCAAGCUCUUCCAGUUCGCCAGCUCCAGCAUGAACCAGAUUAUUGACCGGUAUAACUCUCAUUCCAAGAUACUUAAGAAAGCAGACGAGCCAUCUCAGCUGGACUUGCAUGAGGACAGCAAUUGUGCAAGACUAAGGGACGAGCUUGCAGAAGCAAGCCUCUGGCUGCAGCAGAUGAGAGGAGAGGAGCUCCAGAGCCUGAACGUCCAGCAGCUUCAGGCCCUAGAGAAGAGCCUCGAGUCCGGGCUCGGCUCCGUUCUGAAAACCAAGAGCCAAAAGAUCAUGGACCAGAUCAGCGAGCUAGAAAAUAAGAGGGUGCAACUGAUAGAGGAAAACGCAAGGCUAAAGGAGCAAGCGUCCAAGAUGGAGAUGCAGGUCGCCGCUGAUUCACCGGUGGUGUACGAGGAAGGACAGUCGUCUGAGUCCGUCACGAACACGUCGUAUCCGCGCCCUCCCCUCGACACCGAGGACAGCUCCGAUACGUCUCUCAGGCUCGGAUUACCACUCUUCAACUCAAAGUGAUUGGCUGGAAAUUAUCUGAAGCAAAGUUGCUUGGUCACAACAAGCUCCUGAAUCGGACCGCGCGCUGCAUCGAAUAAACAGUUUGAGUGCGCUGGAUGAUGUGUGUAAUCUAAAAGAAGGCUGGCUUCUGUUAUAUAGUAUAGUGUGGCACAAUAAGAGAACAGGUUCUUUUGAUAUUACCUGCUACUGGUUUUUCCCGUCCUUGUCCUGUGCUGUAAGGUUUUAGUAGACCCCUGAGUGUCCAUCAGAACUCUGAGUUGCUUCAACCCCUGCAAGUAAAUCAACCACUGGCACAGUGGCAUAUUGAUUUCAACAUAAGAAGAAAAAAGUUUGUUAUGAUGUUCUUGAAGAA